GGCGAACUUAAAAUACACUUUAUAUUCACUUCUCUUCAGAUGGAGUUGUGGCUCGUUGGCUUACAGAGAUGACUUUCAACCAAUGAGUCGUGGGUUCGAACACCGUUUCACCUAUCGAGUUUUGGGCAACCAGGUAAUAUCAUCAGCUCUAACACUAUGUGCUGCUCAUUGCCUACCGCACGAAUUUGGACAAGUACUAUAGUUCUCAGCAGAACCAGUGAACCGGCUUUGGUUGAAGUUUUCAAAGUUGCUGAUAAACCUGGAUCAAUUCCUCCGUUAAGUGAUCUAACUGAAGGUUCAGUUAAUUUACCGAAUGUAGAAACAAAACACAACCAGUCUGUCGUAUCACAUCAUAUUGAAUUUAUUUUGGCUCGUGUAAACACCCAAAAAUCCCGCAGUUCCUCAAAGAAUGGUGAGAUGGUGACAAAAAAUACCCAAAGUAGUGAUAUAUCAGAUGGUAUUAUGAAAUCAUCCGUCCCUGAAUUUACCUUGAGUGAACCACAGUUUGAAGAUCUGCCAAACAUCUUAGAAUCUUAUUGGAAUCAUACUGGUAAUGUUGCAUUGGAUGCUUGCCAAAAAGUAGCUGAUGCUUUGGUGAAUAUCUUUCAUUUCGGUUUUGACAAAUUCUGCGUUGUUAAUGGAGAUGGUUGCUUUGGACCGAAAAAGUUCAAUCAACUGCCGAAGUCAUCGUUAUCCAGCCUAAAUCCUCACAGUUCUAAUUCGGAUACAAAUUGCGGAUGGCCUAAUCAAUCGCAGUCUGUCCUAGACCCUACAGUUUCUAUCUCAGAAGAAUGUCACAGUCAACCUGCCGGUGUUUUCCCAAGUACUUGUUUUUUAUCUUCCAGUCGUUUUGUUGCACGAUGUCGAGCACGUGGUGAUGCUACUGCAGCUGAUCUACUAACGUUACCAUCUUCAGUUAUCAGUCAUUCACAAGCGGUAAUAGAUGAAAUGGAUGUGAGGCGAGCACGUUCCUUAUUAGAUCGAUGUCGAACUUAUCUAACAACCAGUGAUUACAAACGAAUGAUGCGUAACUUGAGUAGUCUCAACCAAGCUAUUCAAAAUCCUACCUCGAUCGUUGGUACUCAUGAUCAUUCCGACAAAACUGAAGUACUAGUGUCCCUUUCACGUGUAUUAAAUUGCUUAAAAAAACAUGUAUCACUAUGGGAGGAUUUUGUCUGUCUUCUUACUCCAUCACAAGCACGCAGUUUAGGCCUACUCUCUACAUAUUUUAAUCUAGCCCACAUUGCUCGAGUUCAAAGAGUUUUACAGGAUAUAGUUCCUCGAGAUAGAAGGUUUUGGAGACGCCUACGCAACUUGGCAGACAGCUGCAAUAUUGAAGUACGGCAUAUUCCAGUUAAAAAGAAGAUAUAUAUGGAUCAAAAUGAUACUACUCUUGAAUCUUCAAAUAUAUCUGAACAAAGUCUCAAUGACUGUAAUCAAAGGAUAUCAAGGGAGAAUCAUACUAGCCGAAAAUUGUCCACAACAGAAAAAAAUUCUGGUGUAAUCUUAAAUAAAAAUCAAUCCAAGUCCUUUCGUGUUAGAGGUAUGCGACUAAAAGGCGGAAGUAUGCAUGAUGCAUUCGCCAAAACCUGGUCAGUUCUUGAGAGCAGUUGGCGCAAUCGUCCAGUCCUUUUAUCACGUAUUGCUAGCCUGAUCAACACCAGACAUAAACCUUAUGCUGGUUUUGAACAAAGCUUCGAAGAAACAGAUGUACUCGCUCGACAUUCUGUAGGAAUCCCAAUUCCUUCUGAAGAAUUAAGUCAAAGCAUAAGUGCAUCAAACGCUGAUGAUUGCAUACGUCCACUCAAAGUUAAAACCGGCAGUCCUGUCAGUAUACUUCCUCCUCAGGUACUAUCUUUUCUUUCUGAAGGAUGGGAAGUAUGCACUGAACUUUCGUCAACUGUCCACAGUCGCAACAAUUCAUUAGGUGUUACUUGGGCACGUAGACAAUGUCCUUGCCGAUGUCAUCCAGUGUCAUCAAAUAAAUUUUCAAUUACAACAGGUCAAUCCGGGAAACCUGCAAAAGUUGAUAGUCUUGGCUUGAGACACUGCAUUUCAUGUAGUUUAAGAGUGCAUCGUGGUAUAGUUUACAUUGAUGCAUGCAAUCUUCACCUACGUCACGUUAAAAUAACCUGGCCACCGAAUUUCAAGCCCAAAGCUCGUUUGCCUUCAAAUCCUUCGUUAAUCGACUCUGCUUUGAAUCAGAACCAUCGUCCAACAACAAUACACCACACUCCAUCAAACAUCCCAACUCGUAUUGCUGUGAAUGAGCUUGUGAAAAUGCAUGCCAGAUCAUACUCUUCGAAUAAAUUAUCAAAUCACUGCACCCUCUUGCCAGAUAUGGCUGGCAGACGUGUUUCAAUCGAAUAUAUUCCUGCACUUAAAUCGACUACAUCGUCCAACCGAAAAGUUACUGAUUUCAGUAAUCAAGAUGAAGGUAACGCCAGUAAAGCAGUUGACGGAAUUCAACUACCGUGUCCACCAAUAGUUCCUAAUCGCAACAGGAGUAGCUCAGAACCUCUAGAUUUAGGUUCGAUAUCCAGUAACGUAGAAAAUCCUGCAAUUUGGACAUUAGAUGAUGAAGCCGCUUGUUUCAAUACGGAAGCUUUUGCUUCUACUUCAAACACGAACCAUGAAAAUGAAUUUAUUAAUAAUGAAACGGAUGAUUGGACGUCAGAGGAAGAUAGGCAAUUAUUGGAGUUUUGUAAAGCAAGAGGUCUAUAUAGUUCCCGUAUGUUUAAAGACUUGGCUAGAAUAUGGGAACCUAAACCAUAUAACUACUCUCCUCAACGGAACUCAGCUGAAUUAGAGGCACGUUUCAAAUAUCUGAUGCGUAUUACUCUCAGAGAAGCUUAUGAUCCUGAGCUAUUCCAAACACCUUACAGAGAAGACUCACCCUAUGAAGAUAGUUAA